AUGCCGACGGUCACCCUGCCGCCUAAAGAAAACGCUCUCUUCAAAAGGAUCCUGAGAUGCUAUGAGCACAAACAGUACAGAAAUGGGCUGAAAUUCUGCAAGCAGAUAUUGUCCAACCCCAAGUUCUGUGAGCAUGGAGAGACACUGGCGAUGAAAGGGCUCACACUCAACUGCCUGGGGAAGAAGGAAGAGGCGUACGAGCUCGUCCGCAGGGGUCUCCGCAAUGACCUGAAGAGCCACGUCUGCUGGCACGUUUAUGGGCUGCUGCAGCGCUCGGACAAGAAGUAUGACGAGGCCAUCAAGUGCUACAGGAAUGCACUGAAGUGGGACAGAGACAACCUGCAGAUCCUGCGUGACCUGUCCCUGCUGCAGAUCCAAAUGCGGGACCUGGAGGGCUAUCGGGAGACCCGGUACCAGCUGCUACAGUUGCGGCCUGCCCAGCGGGCAUCGUGGAUUGGCUAUGCCAUCGCGUACCAUUUGCUGGAGGACUACGAGAUGGCAGCCAAGAUUAUUGAAGAGUUCCGGAAAACGCAGCAGACAUCCCCUGAUAAGGUGGAUUAUGAGUACAGUGAGCUCCUGCUGUAUCAGAACCAGGUGUUGAGAGAGGCUGGUCUUCUCCGAGAGGCCUUGGAGCACCUCACCACCUAUGAGAAACAGAUCUGUGACAAGCUGGCUGUGGAAGAAACCAGAGGAGACCUCCUGCUCAGUCUGGGCCGCUCUGAAGAGGCAGCGGAUGUGUACAGGAGACUGCAGGAGAGAAACCCAGAGAACUGGUCCUACUACCACGGUCUGGAGAAAGCCCUCAAGCCUGCUACUACAGAAGAGCGGCUGAAGAUCUAUGAGGAGGCCUGGCUGAAAUACCCUAAAGGCCUGGUGCCUCGAAGGCUACCGCUGAACUUCCUGUCUGGUGAGCGGUUCCGCGAGUGUCUGGAUAAGUACCUGAGGAUGAACUUCAGUAAAGGUUGCCCGCCAGUCUUCACUACACUUAAGCCUCUCUACCAAGACAAGGACAAGGUGGCAAUAAUUGAAGAGUUAGUAGUAGGUUUUGAAACGUCUUUAAAUAGCUGCCGAAUGUUUAACCCAAUCGAUGACGGGAAGGAGGAGCCGCCCACCACGUUACUGUGGGUGCAAUACUUCCUGGCGCAGCACUACGACCAGGUGGGCCAGCAGACGCUGGCUCUGGAGUACAUCAACGCCGCCAUCGAAAGCACGCCCACUCUGAUCGAGCUCUUUUUAGUCAAAGCUAAGAUAUAUAAGCAUGCUGGGAACAUCCGGGAGGCGGCGCGAUGGAUGGAUGAGGCCCAGGCUCUGGACACUGCUGACCGCUUCAUCAACUCCAAGUGUGCAAAGUACCUGCUCAAAGCAGGCCUGCUCAAAGAGGCUGAAGAGAUGUGCUCCAAGUUCACACGGGAAGGGGCGUCUGCAGUGGAGAACCUGAAUGAGAUGCAGUGUAUGUGGUUCCAGACUGAGUGUGCGCUCGCCUUUAAAUCCAUGAAGAAAUAUGGCGACGCACUCAAGAAAUGUCACGAGAUCGAGAGGCACUUUGUGGAGAUAACGGACGAUCAGUUUGACUUCCAUACCUACUGCAUGCGGAAGAUGACGCUGCGCUCCUACGUGGACCUGCUCAAGCUGGAGGACGUGUUGCGCAUGCACCCCUUCUACUACAAAGCUGCCAGCACCGCCAUCCAAAUCUACCUCAACCUGCAUGACAACCCGCUCAUCGACGACAGCAAGGAGCUCCAAGCUGACAUCGGGAACCUGACGGACAAAGAACUAAAGAAGCUGCGGAACAAGCAGCGACGGGCCCAGAAGAAAGCUCAGCUGGAGGAGGAGAAGAAGAAUGCCGAGAAAGAGAAACUGCUCAAGAACCAGAAGAAAAAGAAAGAGGACGAUGACGAGGAAAUUGGGGGACCCAAAGAGGAGCUCAUACCAGAGAAACUGGCCAAGGUAGAGAACCCCUUGGAUGAGGCCGUAAAGUUCCUGAUUCCUUUAAAAAAUCUGGUGAAGAAUAAGAUAGAAACUCAUCUCCUGGCCUUCGAGAUCUACUUCAGAAAAGAGAAGUUCUUGUUAAUGUUGCAGUCGGUGAAGAGAGCCUCCGCCAUAGACCUGGAUCACCCGCGCCUUCACCAGUGUCUCGUGUGCUUCUUCAAAAGAGUGUCGGAAGCUAAAGACCUGGCGGAACCGGUCCUCACGGUCCUGAAGCAGGAGAUAUCUCGGUUGUUUGGUGACCGCAAUGUGAAGAGCUUCAACCAGACCUUCCUUAGCAAGCACUCCGACUCCAUCCCUCAUCGAUUAGCAGCUGCCAAAAGUAUGUUCUACCUGGAUCCGUCAACAGAGAAGGUGGCGGUGGACCUCGCCACAGCACUGGACGAGUCACUUAAUAACAGAAGCAUUCAGAUUUGCACAGAGGUGUUGGCGAGUCUGCGCGACGGUAGCCUAGGAAAUGCCACGGAAGUGGCUGAGUCCUACCGGGCGGAGUGUCACAAAAUCUAUCCCUACACGCUAGCCUUCAUGCCACCCGGCUACGAGGAGAACACGAAGAUCGCGGUUAACGGUGACAUCUCCACAGAAACGGAGGAGCUAGCCAAUGACAUGUGAACACCUUGAGAGAGGGCGGGGCUGAGGGAGGAGGGGUCGGAACUGGAGGCGUGGCAACACUGCCAUGAAAGAUGCCUGAGACCGUUGCCAUUGACAAGUUUCCGAGCUGAACUCUGGCGUUUUCUCCACCCCAUUGACAUCGUGACCGGGUGACUGCGUCUGCAGAGAGCAAGAGGAGGAGGAACAGGAAGAAGAGAGGUGGGGGGGGUAACGAGAGGAAAAAAAAAAAAAAAGAGGCCAUUUUACUUUUUUAACCUUGCUGAUGACUACUCUCUAACUGAAAUAUAGACACAACACAAACAUCCUCUUCUGAAGUGUCUGAAGAAAGGGAACUGCAGAGGAUCAGGAAUCCCAUAGUCGACAACCAAGCUGGUCCAUCCACCCACCCACCCGUUUUAAAGAAUAAUUUAUAUGAAAAAAAUAAAAAUGGCUUAAAAUCA